AUGUCUUACCUCUUUCUUUUGGCCUUGCUGUCUUUGCUCUCCUUGGCUUUUUCUAUUGCCUUGUCUCGCGCACAAUCUAUAUAUGACUGUCAAGCAAAGCUAUGCUACUCAAGAAGUGAUUUCCCUAUGGGCUGUGGUGCAUCGGCACUGCCCGGACCUUCUGCGGGCGCAGAUAAUGGUGCCUUUUCUCGUGCGUGUGGCACAUGCGCUGCUCCGUGCUCACUCAAAGCUUGCAUCGGGGCCUGCAGCUUGUGUGGCGGAGGCAUUGCAGCGCAGACUCCUGUGUGGUGCUGCCAGAAGAGCUGCGGCUUUUUGGCAUGCCUUGAAUGUGAACUGCAUUUGUCCAUGAUGGGUGACAACAUCGAGCGCCUGCUGGCCGCCUGUAACGCUUUUGGAGACACACAGUCGGCCUCCGCCAGGGAUGCUGCGACAAUAUUGGAGGCCCAUGAGAUGCUGGAAUCUGCCCGAAGCAUAAAGGAUGUGCAGAAGCUGCAGUCUGUGUUGGCAACGGUUGAAGGGCUGGAUGUAUUGAUUGUCAAAAGGAAAGCGAAUGAGCUAAAGCUCGACCUUGAAGAAUGGGAGGGGGUGCAUUUGCGCCUGACAGCGGCCAUGGAAGGUGGGAGCCUGGCUUUGCUCCAAAACAUUUUGCAGGAAGCACAGGCGCUCAAACUGCAGUUGCCGGAGGCACUUCACAAUGCGGAGGGGCGUUGCGUUCAACUUGAAGCCAUACAAAGGUUGCGGGAGGCAGUUGAUUUUAACGAAGUGGUCACUUUACAAUCUGCCAUUGCAUUUGCUCAAAAUGCGCAGAUGAACUCAGAGCUAAAGGAAGCUCUUGAUAGAGCAGAAGUCUUGCACGAGAAGCUGAGCGUUUUUCAACGUCUCGAAGCUGCUUUGCUGGCCUGGGAGGCUGAUGCCUUGAGACAGGCGUUGGCAGAUGCUGGCAGGAUCGGGGCGGUGGAUGGAUCAUUGAUGCUGGCACAGGCUGAGCUCGAAAAAAUGGAGGUUCGAUGCAGCUCAAACCAUCGUUUGCGAAGAGCAGCCGAGUUUCGUGAUUAUUUUUGCCAUGGCUGCUAUGCACAGUCUGGUGUCAAGGAGUUGUCUUGGUACCGCUGCGACCUCUGUGACUUUGAGCUUUGCCAUCAUUGCUUAUCAUGGCGUGCGCGAAGGACGAGUGCUCCGGGCCUCGAGCAGCCGAGCGAGGCGGACCCUGCGACCACGGCGAAGCCGGCGACCCACGACGGUCGCGGUGGCAUUCACUCGGACAGGGCUUUGCCGACGAAACCUUUGCAGCCGGAUGACGAGGAAAGCCAGCGAGAGUGGUUCAAUCGUUGGGCCAAAAGCUUCAAUGCGGGCAGCGCCCACUGGGAGCUUUUCAAGGGUGGGUCUUGGAUUCCAUUUGGGACAGGAUUGUCAGACUUGCUCACCAAUGCCUGGCAAGCUGGACAUGAAAAUGUGACCUACACAGCCAGCAAUGAACAAAAGCAUCUCUUUCAUUUUGGAUCAAUGGAGCAGGUCAAUCUUAGCACCGCAAAAAGAAGACCGAUGCGCCGCGUGCUGUGGGAAAUCGAGCUUGACAAGGGCUGGUUCCUAGUCGAGGAUGAUUUGGCCCUCAGGCUGCGCUUGCACCAAAUUCGUGGCGUCUCUUCAUUUCAGCACUUUGCGAGGGACAUGGAAUACACAAUUGAUAUAGAGAAAAUGGAGCAAGUGAACGAGCACCUUGGCACCUGCAGAAAGCUUCGAAAGAUUGCAGCCGAAGAGGCAGCUCCAAAAAUGAGUCGGCAGAAUUUGCGAAUGGCCUUGGAAGAUGAUUUCAGCCGUGUUGCGUGUGCAGUCCGUCAAUGGGUGGUCCUGCGAUGGCCUUGGCAAGAGCUCGGUGACUGCAGCAUAGAUGCCGAGGGUUUCAUCCGCACUGGUUUGGCGGACGAAAUAUCCAGAGGCCUUCAUUCUUGGCAGCAUGAAACUCCCCAACUAGGCGGCCUUCUCCAAAAUAUCCUUUGGUUUGACCAUGUGGAUUCAAGGAGGGCAGACUUCAUCAGCCAAAAUGAGGUCGUCAAUGCAAUUGUUCAGGACCCACGGUGGCGUUGGGGUCUUGCAGGUGCAGAGGAUGCUGUGAGUGCCCUCUGGUCUGAGUUAAUCAUAAGGACGGAGACUCACAUGAGCAAGCGGGAAGUCUUGGUCCCGGGCGGCUUGGCAGACGAGCUUUUGCAAAUUCUGAAUUCUGACCUGGAUUCUGUGGAUGACUGGAUCAUGGAGAAGAAGUUGCCGUUGUGGGAAGGACACGACUGUGCCUUGUGCUUCUGCCCCAUUGGGAAGAGUGACAUGGGCCGUCGAAUGCGUUGUGGUUGCUGGCUGCACUUUGAGUGUCUGGGUCAUGGUCUGGCUGUGAAGAUCUCAGAAAAAGCUGUAGAUGACGCGCAGAUGAGCAUGUGCCCAGCCUGUGGGCAAGACCUGGGCAGAGUUAUUCCUGCGGGUGUUGUUCGCAGAGCCGUUGGAGAGGAGAGAUUUGGCAGGUACUUGGACGUCCGUGUGGAAGUUCAGUGGCAGAAAGAAGCGCUCGACAGUGGGAGACUUGUGGCCACUUGCCCCAGCUGCUCUUUCCUGGUGCUGUGCAACGAAAGGGAGGAGAUGUACUCAAUCAAAUGUCUACGGCAGAGCUGCUUCAUAGACCGCUUCUGUGCAUUUUGUUCAAUGUCGGACCAUCGGCCUUGGACAUGCGAAGAGAACGAGAGGCGCUUGAAGUUUGAGGAUACUUCUCGGAGGGUACGAUCGGAGAUAGAAUCAGCGCUUGCAGAAGCUCUCUUCCGACGAUGCACAGGAUGUGGUGUACCAACUGAGCGCAUCGAUGCAUGCUGCCACAUGACUUGCGUUCAUUGUGGAGCUGAGUUCAGCUGGGUGUGCGGUUUUGACUAUCACCGAUGCCGUGCCUCCCACCCCUGUUUGAACUCCGCAAUCUACUUGCACUGCAUGCCUCAAUUGACUGCGAUUUUGGACCAGCGCAACCUACCGCGCACUGACCAGAAUGGAAGCGAUCUCUUUCUCGAAUUGCGGUGCAUCUACCUCCUCUCCAUCGUCAAACGGACAGUUGGCGAUGAUGCUUGGAACUUUGCACGUGAGCAAUUCCCAGAGCUUCUCAGCGAUGUCAUUCGUGGACACUGGAGCAUACGGUGGGAUGACGUGGGGGAUGUUCAGCGUCUUACAAGACUCUUGCCAAUGGCAUUUCCAACCCUGCAAGACAGUCUCUGA